GCACUCAAUUGCAAUAAAAACUAUGAUUCCAGAAAUAUCAAACAGAGCAGUGUUAUAUUUUUCCAAGGUGAAAACUGUAAUGUUUUUCAGGCGUGGAAAUUCCUUCGGAAAACAGGUAAGUUGAGGAGAAGCCUGACUUUGGUAAAUGCAUUAUUUUCCAGGAGGAAACUAGGGAGUUCGUUUGUUCAGAGUGUGAGUGAAGAAGCUUAUGCAAGUGUUUUGCACUGCGUGCAUUCUAGACCUGGGUACGCUGAAACUGAGUUUGCUGCCAUCCGUAGAUUACUGGAGGGGGUAUUGGCAGAAGAAUUAAGACAAAAUAAUGCUUCUUUCCGCGCAAGAUGCAGGAAGCGACUUGUAAAUUCUACUAUUUUGAAAUGUGCUGAAGCGAGAUUCGAGAAAGCAGCUGCGUCACAAAAUACUUCAUUCCUUUCACAUCCUCCUGGAAGGCCGUCCCUUGCUUCGCACACAGGCUGUUAUUUCCCCUCCGCUUUCCAUGGC